AUGGGCCGUACCAGCUCGUCAAGAACUCUUGGCGGCUCUCCCUCGCAACAAGGGAUCUCAAAUUCUGACAACCAAUCGACAACUCCUACAUUACAUUCCGGGGCGACUCCGCCUCCAGGAUCGUCUCCUUUGAAAAGUCUACAGGUAUAUUCCACACGGAUUCCUCAGACGUACAUUACGCCCUUCUGCGGGGCUAGCGCUGGUGUUGCGUCGGGUAUCGUGACGUGCCCGCUGGAUGUGAUAAAGACAAAAUUACAAGCACAAGGAGGGUUUCAACUCCGUCGGAAUGGCAAACUGAUUGAGUCCGGAACACUAUAUCGGGGGAUGUUCGGGACGGGGAAGAUGAUAUGGCGAGAUGAAGAUAACUGGUGGUUAGCCCGAGCAUACGCAUCACUCACAGCUGGCACUUGCUCAACAGUAGCAACAAACCCAAUAUGGGUUAUCAAGACGAGGCUCAUGUCACAGGGUUUUCGACCUGCUAGUAACGGUUAUCAAGCUCCAUGGUACUACAAGAACACAUUGGAUGCGGCACGCAAGAUGUACGCGAGUGAAGGCCUCCGUGCUUUUUACUCUGGCCUCACUCCCGCACUCCUCGGACUUUCACAUGUCGCCAUUCAGUUUCCACUAUAUGAAUAUUUCAAGAUGGCUUUCACUGGCUUUGGAAUCGGUGAACACCCAGAUGCCGGUUAUCCCCACUGGACAGGAAUCUCAGCAGCCACUUUUCUUAGUAAAGUAUGCGCCAGCACAGCAACAUACCCGCACGAAGUCCUUAGAACCCGACUGCAAACACAACAAAGAUCCUCACCGGCCUUUUCAUCAGAAGGAAUUGCAUUUCGAGGUGGACUUGAACAGCCGCAGGAUCACGGCAGGCCGCCAGGGACUGGUGCGGGUGCGUCCUCCUCAGAUGGGAUGCGCAACCGUCCGCGAUAUCGUGGCGUAAUUCGCACGUGCCAGACUAUUUUGAUGGAGGAGGGCUGGCGCGCGUUCUACGCUGGGAUUGGAACGAAUUUGUUCCGCGCUGUGCCAGCGGCUAUGACGACGAUGCUCACCUAUGAAUACCUUAGAAACAUUAUCCACUGGAUGCAACACGAAGGCGAACAAGUGCUGAUUAUGAGCGAGGAGGAUGGCUCAUCCGCAUAUUGA